AGUUCGCGAGAGGGGGGGAAGGCGGAGGGACGACCGGUAGGCGCGGUAACCGGGGUAACCCUACCAAGAGUGCCAAGUGUGUUGCCAGACUGUCAGUCAGGUGGAUGUCUUCCGGGCGAGAUCCUUUAUUUUUCCAUCGCGUAGUAGCUUAAACUCCGACCACCGCGGCAGGAUGGAGUGCAUUUACCGAUUACCGUUCUUAAUCCUGGAAGUGCCUAACCUAAAGCUAAAAAGACCGUCCUGGUUCGUGAAGCCUAGCGCUAUGAUAGUCUUCGCUUUCAUACUGCUGUCGUACUUCUUGGUGACGGGAGGAAUCAUAUACGACGUAAUUGUCGAGCCGCCCAGCGUAGGAUCCACGACGGACGAGCAUGGUCACACGAGACCUGUAGCGUUCAUGCCCUAUCGCGUAAACGGACAGUACAUCAUGGAAGGUUUGGCCUCCAGUUUCUUGUUCACGAUGGGCGGCUUGGGCUUCAUCAUUCUGGAUCAGACGCACGGCCCGUCGACGCCGAAGCUCAACAGAGUUCUCUUGAUAUGUGUCGGAUUCCUCAGUAUACUUGUGUCGUUUACCGCAUGCUGGAUAUUCAUGAAGAUGAAACUUCCCGGGUAUCUGCAGUCCUAAAUUAUAAGCGAUUGUGAAUAUUAUGGAAUGUGCGGUGAAUUGCCAUUUUUAUAUAACAUUGUGGGAUAUUGUAACAGUGGAUCGGUGAUUUUUGUAAUAAAGUUAUAAGCAAAACUA